AUGCCUUCGAACACCAGGACGGUGUUCUCCCUAAUCAUAAUCAACAAAGCUGGUGGUCUCAUCUAUCAGCGCGAAUUCCAACCGGGCUUGCGCAAGCUCUCGACAAAUGACUACCUCGUCUUAGCAGGCACCUUUCACGGUGUCCAUGCCAUUACUCGUUCUAUCACACCCAAGAUUCCCAUCGCACAUCCGGCGCCCUCCCCCGCCACCUCCCCAAGCGUCACCACUCCUGCGACGUCGGGGUACUCCUAUCCCAACCCAGGCGUGCCAGUAACGGGCCUGGAUUACCUCGAGACCGACAAGUUCCGAUUGACAUGUUUCCAGACGUUGACGGGGACGAAAUUCUUGUUGUUUACGGAUCCGUUGACUGGCAAUGUGGAGAAUAUCGUGCAGAAGAUCUACGAGCUCUAUGCGGACUACGUGAUGAAGAAUCCCUUCUAUCAGCUCGAGAUGCCCGUCCGAUGUGAGGCAUUCGAUCGGCAUCUAGGCGCCUGGUUGCGAGGAAGGGCAUAG